GGGCGAUGCGGGCGGCUGCGGGCACCCGGCGGGCUCGGCUGGGCCGCCGCCGCCUUCUCCGGCUCCGCCGCGGGGGUCGCCGCGGCCGCCGCGCCGUCCUCGAACUCCCAGCGUGAGGAGGCGGCGGGCGGAGAGAAGCAUCGCGCUCGAGGCGGAAACCCGGAGGGAGCCCCGCGCGCGGCCUCGCUGCUGGCAGGAAUGCUGUUAUGCAUCCAGGGAGUGGUUUCCUUGGUGAACAGAGUGUGACUCUGAUGGAAGACUUGGACUCAUGGCCUCAGCUUCUCCAUUAACUGUGUGACUGGGGACAUCUCCUGCUUUCUGUUCUUUAUUAUUUUCCCAUCUCUGCUUUUGGAUGACCAUAUCUGCACAGCCGGCUUCAAAGGGACGAGUGAGGAUUAUUGGAAGACAUUUUUGAGUGUCUCAGAAAAGUUACGGAAACCCAGAAAUCUUCCACUUCGGUUUCUCCUGCCUUUUUUGGGAGCGGAAAUAGUUGACCCUUAAGGACCCUAUCCUUUCUCACUGCUAUGGACAGUGCUAUCACCCUGUGGCAGUUCCUCCUUCAGCUCCUACAGGAGCCUCAGAACAAGCACAUGAUCAGCUGGACGUCUAAUGAUGGGGAGUUCAAGCUUUUGCAGGCAGAAGAGGUGGCUCGUCUCUGGGGGAUUCGUAAGAACAAGCCUAACAUGAAUUACGACAAGCUCAGCCGAGCCCUCCGAUACUAUUAUGUAAAGAAUAUCAUUAAAAAAGUGAAUGGUCAGAAGUUUGUGUACAAGUUUGUCUCUUACCCAGAGAUCUUGAAAAUGGACCCAAUGACGGUGGGCAGGAUUGAGGGGGACGGGGAAGCCGGAGGCUGUGGCGAAGUCACCAGCAGCUGCAGAGAUGCGGAGAGCGGGGGCAGGGAGAGGCCGCCUCAGCCUGGCGCCAGGACCUCCAGCCGCAACGACUACAUACACUCCGGCUUGUACUCCUCCUUUACCCUCAACUCUUUGAACUCCUCCAACAAGAGGCUUUUCAAGCCGAUCAAGCUCGAGAACCCAGCCGAGAAGUUGGCAGAGAAGAAACCUCCUCAGGAGCCAACACCGUCCGUCAUCAAAUUCGUAACAACGCCUUCCAAGAAGCUACCAGUUGAACCCGUGGCCGCCGUCCUGUCGGUCGGCCCAAGCCUUUCUCCAUCCUCAGAAGAAACUCUCCAAGCGUUGGAGACUUUGGCUUCCCCCAAACUGCCUUCCCUGGAAGCCCCAACCUCCGCCUGCAGCGUAACGACCGCGUUUGCCACCCCGCCUGGUGCGUCCGCGCCGCCUCCUGUGCAGGAGCCUCCUGGGACGCCUUCGCCGCCGCUGAGCCCUAACCCUGACCUUGACACAGACAUCGACUCGGUGGCUUCUCAGCCCAUGGAACUUCCAGAGAACUUGUCGCUGGAGCCUAAAGACCAGGAUUCAGCUUUGCUGGAAAAGGACAAAACAAGGAAUUCCUCGAGAUCCAAGAAACCCAAAGGGUUAGAGCUGGCACCCAUCCUCGUGAUCACGGGCAGCGACCCGAGCCCGCUGGGAAUAUUGAGCCCGUCUCUCCCCACGGCUUCUCUCACGCCAGCGCUGUUCUCCCAGACGCCCAUCUUACUGACGCCGAGCCCCCUGCUCUCCAGUAUCCACUUCUGGAGCACUCUCAGCCCUGUUGCUCCCCUGAGUCCAGCCAGGCUGCAAGGUGCUAACACACUCUUCCAGUUUCCUUCUGUACUGAACAGUCAUGGACCGUUCACUGUGUCUGGCCUGGAUGGACCACCCACCCCUGGCCCAUUUUCCCCAGAUCUACAGAAAACAUAACCUAUGCACUUGUGGAAUGAGAGAACCAAGGAGUACAGAAACAGAAAGACACUCGACAUGAUUACAUUUGAAGUGAGCGAUUAAUAGUUCUACAAUGCUGAUAAUAGACUAUUGUGAUUUUUGCCAUUCCCCAUUGAAAUGCCUUUCUAAGAUUCCCUUUGACUAUGACUCAAGUUGGACUGUAUAUAAAAAUGCCUUAAUUGGAGUCCAAACUCCACCUCCCUCCCCCUUGCCCUCUGCCUCCCUAACUCCUCCUCUUCCUUCCCUCCCUCCCUCCUUCCUUCCUUUCCUCCCUAGCUCCCUACCUCCUUCCCUCCCUCCUGAAUAUUUUGAGCUUUGUGUUUAAAGAAAUUUUUGGUGGGGUUUAGCAGUUAGCUAUGCUUUGUAGGAGCAGUUAAGAACAAAGUUAUUCCUUCUGCCUUAUCGGGACCCUUUGGCCAGGAAAACAUUUAUGCUUUGAGUGUAUUAGUUGAAGAAAUGUUAAAUGCAGUUGGCCAUGUCUUUAGGACUAAGUGUGUUCUGUUGAAAAACUAAAAGUGAGCUAUGUAUGAGCAGUGAAGGAAAAGGAUUCCUUCCUGUUCACACCAAGUAAGAUUAGAGCAGUACUGUUGGGGAGAUUCUGUUUUGCUCUGAACUGUAACAUGUGUAAGCAGUCCACGGCAAGGCAUCUUAUUACCUGUAUCGGGUGGGUCUCUUAGCCGUGUGUGUGAUCUUGUCUGAACCUGUGAACAGCAUGGAGCCUGGUCUGUUUCAGCAUAGGAAGAUUUUUAAACGUGGGGUUUACGACCACGUUUUGCAACAACCGGUGAGAAUAGGGGACCCCAUCUCUAGCACAGAAAUGUCAGCUCGCUGGUGGUAUAAUUACACACCCGUGAUAUGUACAGGAUGGUAAGUGAUGGCUUUUAGGAUGAACCUGGGUUGUGAAAUCUCGAGGCAUCUCUGAGUAAAGCAUUCAGUUGAAUAACUUGAAACCACAUGUGGGGCUUUCUUUCCCAGUUAGAAGAUACUUUUCUUUUCUGUUCACUGCAUGUUUUAUCUUUUGAAUUUCAGGUUGUUAGGGGUUGUGAUUGUUUUAAAGAUGUAAUUAGGAAGAUGAAAAGCAAAGCGAAGCCUCCAAAUCUAUAGUGAGGUAAAGAUGUUAUGUCUUUGAAAAAAAGUUUUUUUAUUAGAGAGCAGCAGAAUUUGUUUGGAAAUGCUCAUGUACAGGGAUUGGAUUGUUCACAGUAGUAGCGAAAAACGUAGGCCUUCAUCUCUACAUAAACCACAUUUAUAAAAUAUUAUCAUAUGGUACUCAGCCCCAGGUGGAGACAGAUUUGUGGAUAGUCCAAGCUGAAUUGAUAACCAACAUCACAGUGGAAUCUUUGGGAAAACUUGGCUUUUAAAGCCUAGGAUUAGAUUAUAUGCCACGACCAGCACUGCAACACUGCCCGUUAGGAACCUCAUCUUUUAACCCGAGAAGGAGUUCUGUAAUGGAGUCCCAAACCAAAUGGAAUGAGGGAGUAAGGUUUUGAGGGCUCCAAAUGACACUGAUAGGAACCAGCAUCUUCCAGAUGUAGAAUAUUCACUUUAAAUAUGUUUCUAUACAGUGUGGAGGAGCUACAGUGUGAGACAUGCAUGUUAGUUACUAGUCAGGGAGGGACAACAUUCAGGGAGCCGUCUUCACAUCUGUCGUCUUGGGGACCCGUUCACUGGUUCGUCAGUGGCUAUGGGCUGAAAGGUGUGCUCCUGGGGUGCGCGACGGUUCUGGAGGCAAUGUUUGGUAGUGAUGGGGAGCAGACGGUGGACUUCUCUCCCACACGGAGUCACUUCGUGGGCACGCUUCUUUGGAAUCAGACCUCAGCAGCACUUUGGGAUAGUUUUAUUAGGUUUAUGAAUAUUUUGUACAUUAAAUCUAAGUAUUGAUGGCUCGAUUUAACUAGAUAUUUUAAAUUUUGAAAGCACAAACGUAUUUUAUCUUUUUGAAUUAAAGGAGAAAAGCCAUUGGUUGUUUUCAUAGACAAUAUCUUUGAUGACUAACUGUGUCAGCACAGGGGUGCCUGGGAACCAAGGGCACCAUUAAAACUCAGUCAAAGCAGCUUCCUGGGAACCAGUGUUUGUGAGGCCUCUUGUCUAUAAACCUACCCCGGAAGCCUCCGAGAGGUGCGGGCCUCAGGAGAUUGAUGAUCUGCUUUCUCUUUGAGAUCAACUGACGUGGAGAAGUGUGUGCGUGUGUGUGUGUGUGUGUGUGUGUGUGUGUGUGUGUGUGUAUUUCCUUUUUCAAAUGAAAGUUUACAACCUCAGCUCAAGUGUAUGAGGCA